GAGCUUAUAGUUUUUUUGAAAAAGAUGAACCGUGGAUAUGAUAGUUAUAACCGAUCCCGAUCUACAUCAUCUAGACCCCUGGAUCGAGAGCCCUACCAUGCUGUAUCAGAGCUGUACACCAAGGAAAUAACCCAUACUCCAAUUGGUCCAGCUUCAGACCUUCCUCCAGAAAUUUUGGAUAUUCUUAAAGAAAAUCCCCGAGCAACACCACAGUAUACACCUCCGUUGAUUAGGCACCGCGAAAACACAUGGACCCCAGAAAACUACCCAAUUGUUCGUGUCCCUUCUGCACAAUUCACAGAUGUUAUGACUGAACUGUACGACUAUCACGAAGUAGAGAAAUACACACACCGAUCGGUCACCCCAGACUACGAGCCACUACGGAAAGAGCCGGAGCUCAAGGAGCAAAAAUUGCCAACCUACCAGGUGAUCCCUCCGACACCCGAAAAGAACACGCCACGUCACCAGCACCAUUCGGGUAUCACACUGUCCCCAUCAGAUUCUUCAAGGACACUCGGAGCCCUGCCAAAGAAGCCUCCAAUGUACGAAGAGUAUUUGCAAAUGCAGAAGAAGGACGAAAAUCGGAAUAUUCCUAGACAAGUCUCCUCGGCGGAUUCCCAAAGGACGAUUCGGAAUAACAACGAGCUCAGUCACUUGAGACACAUCGAUUCCUCGUCGUCUUCGGAAGCUUCCGAGCCAGCGAAGGAUCUUGAUGAUCGUGAACGUUAUGUGUACACACAUGAUGUCUACGUGGAUUCAACUACGGGGCGCCCGUUCACACCGGGGAGAGAGGAUGUUCGGGAGAAGAAGAAUUGCGAUAAGUUGAAGAUUAAUGUCUACUUCAAGCCUCCACACCCUCCAGUAGAAAUUACAUACAAGUUGGACGAAAUUGAAAUUGAGAAGAACGAAAAUAUUGUAGUAACGAAGCUCCGCCCAUCCCGCUCCGACACUAUAUUAUCGCGUAGUGUUUCCACAAGUCCGUCGUCAGUCACUGAUAAUAUUCCAAAAACUUCAACUUCAAGAAUUCCCUCAAGCGAAAACCCGAAAACGAUGGAGCACACCACAACCAGCCGCCGCUUCCCAACUCAAACCUCUAUUCUCAGAAAAGAGCACGAAAUUGUGCAAGUGCCACUUCAUCGGAGCCAAUCGCUCAGGCAAUCUAGAAUUUCGGAGCAUAGUAAACGAUCCCUCGGCAAAACCACCUCUACAGUGAGCACAGAGCGUCCAAUUCCGAUCCACGUAGUGGAGGAGACGUCAUCAAUCGAUAUGGAUGUCGUUUUUCCAAAAAUGCCACAUCAUCAAACCGUGACAAACGUCAGAGUUCCUUCGAGCAGAGGAUCAGCAAUAUCCAGAGCUCACAGUGAGCAUCGCAGGUCGAUUGACAGGAGCGAACCACGUCACCACCAUCGUCAUCAUGUUCAUUCCGAGACCCCUGAACUUCCAUAUACUAGAGGGAUCUCCAAGACUCCGAGUGUUCGAGAAUACAAUGUGAAGCGGGAAGGUCAGAGAUCGCCAAGCAGGUCUCAUAGAUCUGAAAGAAGCCCAUCAGAGGUCCGUAUCCCGGUGACAACUACACAUACUCGCCCGAUUGCAAAACGCCAAAGCCCGGAGGAGCUGGAUUAUGGAAGAUUCGCGGAUAAAAGUCAGCAGAACCGAUUUCCGGGGGAUCAUCAGGCUAGGGAGGAGGACUUACCGUAUACCAGGGGAAUUUCCAAGACUCCUAGCAAUCAGGAUUCCAGGUCGGAGAGAACUCCGUGCUCGGAUAUUCACAUUCCUUACAAUAACCCUGAAAAAGAGAGAGCCUAUCAGCAAUCCGAGCGGUCGUCUUAUAGAUCCCACAAAUCGGUGACCCCAUCAGAAAAGUCGUUACCCCGCAAUUCGGAGACCCCCGAGCUACAUUACACCCGAGGAAUCUCAAAAACGCCAAGCGACAGGGUGGAGAAGUCAAGGUACCUAUCACGUGGUGUCAGUACCCCACAUACCCCAUCUGAAGUGCACAUUCCAUACAAUAAUCCAGAGAAAGAACGAGCCUACCAACAAUCGCACCGCCCGUCUUCGCCAAAGAGACGCCCGUCUGGAAGAACAAAUUCCCCCAACAAGUCCAGCAGCAGCUCCAAGGCGAGACCAUCGGCGGCUCCACUCGAAGAAAUAGUGCAUAUCAAGGAGAGAUACGAGAGAGACGAGACGAUUCGCCGAUUCUUCCCAACUACGACUGCAGUGUAGACUAUCUUAAAAUUAUUUUUCUCGAAUUAAAAAAAAAUUGAUUCCCAUGCUGUGCUUUCUCGACAAUAAAUUGCUUGCCA